GUUCCUCUCUUUCACCCGACUUUCGCAGCCACCGUUUCUCGCGCGGUGCCGUUUUUCUCUCCCUUGUUCCGUCCGUCGCAGCUCAGACCCGCCAGCGUCGCCGCCCAGUUCCGCCAGCCGCUAUCGUCUGUCUUGCAGUCGCCGGCCCCGUCACACCUCAGUCGGCCGUUCAUCCUCGGGCAGCAGCAGUGAGUGAGUUGAGCGAUUCUUGUCGGUUCGAAUCCUAAUCCUGGUUGGUGGCGUUUAGAAGAUUGGGACCUAUAAAACGUUUAGGAUUUAACCCAAAGGUUUUGUGAGAGGAAGAAGUUUGGUUGUAGUUUUGGAACCUAAAUUUUGAGGUUUUCGGUGUAGGAGACGGAAUCCAAGGUGGGUUUCAUUGCUGAAGGCUACUACUGCCGUUGGGUUUCUUUUGCCUUCACCCAUUUCUUUUCUUCAGUUUACUUUCCCCUGAACCUUCAUACCAAAUCCCACGUAUAAUAGAAAAUGAUAUCUGCGGUUUCAUGGGUUCCUAAAGGGGUCUGUAAGCCUCUUCCAGACCUGGCUGAUCCUCCCUCCAAGGAGACUAUUGAUGAACUCCUCAAGAGCAAGCAUGUCGUUGAUGAUUCCAGUAAACAUAGCGAUGAUGAGGCAGAUGAAGGAGAUAUGGAUGUUGAAGACGCCAAUGAUGAAGAGAUUGCCAAUGCACUAGCUGUGGCACAAGCACUUGGGAAAUCUUCUGAAACCACAAAGUCAGAUACCAAAUAUGAUGAUAUUGCUGAAGGUUUGAAGGAACUCGACAUGGACAAUUAUGAUGAUGAAGAUGAUGAGAUUGAGUUAUUUACCUCUGGAGCUGGAGAUGCUUACUACCCAACCAAUGACAUGGACCCAUAUCUCAAGGACAAUGAUGAUGAUGACUCUGAAGAUAUCGAGGAUGAGACCAUCAAACCGACGGAUGCAGUCAUAAUUUGUGCAUGUAGUGAAGAUAACGUCAGUGCUCUCCAGGUGUGGAUAUGUGAAGGAUAUGAUGCAGGUGAUCCAAACAUCUAUAUUCACCGUGAUAUAAUUAUUCCAGCAUUUCCUCUUUGCACAGCUUGGCUAGAUUGUCCUCUGAAGGGUGGAGAAAGAGGGAACUUUAUUGCAGUUGGUUCGAUGGAACCUUCAAUCGAGAUAUGGGACCUUGACAUUAUCGACGAGGUGCAACCAUGUGUGGUGUUAGGUGGAAUUGUUGAGAAGAAGAAGAAAAAGAAGGGAAAGAAAACAUCAGUUACAUACAAGGAGAACAGCCACACGGAUUCGGUACUUGGACUUGCUUGGAACAAGGAAUAUAGGAAUAUACUUGCUAGUGCAAGUGCUGAUAAGCAAGUCAAAAUUUGGGACGUAUCUACUGGACAAUGUAAUAUAACUAUGCAGCAUCAUACAGACAAGGUUCAGGCUGUUGCAUGGAACCAUCAUUCGUCACAAGUCCUCCUUAGUGGAUCUUUUGAUCAUUCUGUAGUUUUGAAAGAUGGGAGAAAUCCUUCCCAUUCGGGCUACAAGUGGCAAGUUACAGCAGAUGUGGAGAGCUUGGUGUGGGAUCCGCAUACAGAGCACAUGUUUGUGGUGAGUCUAGAGGAUGGUACAGUGAAAGGUUUUGACAUCCGGAAUGCCACUACAGAGACUAGUUCUGAAUCUAAAGCAAGUUUUACUCUCCAUGCGCAUGAGAAAGCUGUGUGCUCAGUUUCUUACAAUCCCUCGGCACCUAAUCUACUUGCUACUGGAUCUACUGAUAAAAUGGUUAAAUUAUGGGACUUGUCCAAUAAUGAACCUUCAUGUGUGGCAUCCACGAAUCUUAAAGUAGGAGCUGUGUUUUCGGUUGCCUUCUCAGAAGAUUGUCCCUUUUUGCUGGCCAUUGGAGGCUCCAAGGGAAAAUUGGAGGUGUGGGAUACAUUAACUGAUGCUGCAGUGUCUCGGAAGUUCGGAAAUUACAGGCGGAGAUCUUAAAUUGUUAAACUAUUGAGUUAUGAUAAUUAUAGAUGAAAAAUGUUUGGUUGUGUAGGUAGUUAAUUUUGGUGUCCUUUUUUCAUCAUCUUUCUUUUUUUUCUUUUUCUUUUUCUUUUUCUUUUUCUUCUUUUAUUUUUUUGUUUUUUUUUGACAAAUUUAGGCUUUGUCCUUCAAAUUUUGGUAACUGUUUUGAAUUUGUCACAUUUCAAUUCCCUGCAUUUUCUUGUGGCAGGGCAUACCUAAACUUGCUGUGCUGAGUAUGUAUAUUAUCUCUUACCUCCGCCCACAAAGAAAUGUUUUAUUAUAAAAAAUAGUUAAUGAAUUCUUAGA